UCUUUUCGUCUACUGUCACUUCGCAUCUAAUAAUAGAACAGAUCAGUUCGGAAGUGAAACGUGUCGGACCAAGUUUUUUAAAACAAUAGUUAGGUACCUACUUACAAGUGAAUUUUUCGGUGAUUUUUCUCAACAUAAGAGAUUACUUAUACCUACAUAAUCGUUUGUGCUCUUGAUGAAAAUGUUAUGCUGCAAACAACGAUGUCAAGCAGCGUGCUCAAAGAAGUGAGUUACACUCUCAUUGUUUCUCAAGUUUUGUUGGCUGUUGGUUAUGGAAGAGGAUACGUUGCUUUUCUAUUUCAUCAACUGGAUCUUCCUGGUUCUCAGAUCAUUCUGGAUGAUGAACAAAAGUCUAGAAUUGCUGGUUCAAUAGGAAUUUUAUCUCCCUUUGGAUGCAUUCUAUCUGGAACUUUGAUGGAUAUUUUUGGUCGAAAAUUAUACUUUUUUGUUACCUUCAUACCUCAAAUAAUUUCAUGGGUCACUAUCGCCUUGGCCAACAGCUACGAUAUGCUUUUGUAUGGAAUGAUCAUUCAAGGAAUCAGUUUAGGAAUGGGCUUCUCCACGAGCACUUACAUAUCAGAAAUCGGAUCAGCAACCUACAGAGGAGCACUGUUUGGAGGGCUGGCAGUAUUUUACAGUUCAGGGGCGAUGUUAUGCAACAUACUAAUGUAUUUCAUUGCAUGGAACCUCGUAGCUUGGAUCUAUGUUGGAUUAUCCGUAUUCGGCAUGUUUUCCACUCUACUCCUACUCGAAUCUCCAAUAUGGCUUUAUAAUAAAGGAAGAAAAGAGGAUGCUAUCCGAGCACUGUGUUCACUUCGAGCCACAAAUAUCGACGGAGUCAAAAAUGAAAUAGGAGAUAUGGAAAAGAACAACGUCGGUAAACCAAAAGCAUCAUUUGUUGGCACCAUGAAGAAUGUUCUGAAAGCUUGGAAACCGUUCCUGAUGGCUAUAAGUUUACAACUACUGAUGCAGCUGACAGGUUAUACUGCACUAUUUGGUUACCCAAUUUUAAUCUUUGAUCGAUUAAGAUUACCUUUGAAUAGCUCGAGGUUCACCCUCAUGUAUGCGAUCGCUGGUGGCAUAGGUGCUGUGUGUGCGCCUUUUCUUAUGUUGAAGUUGAAUCGUAGAACCCAUUUAUCGUCCAGUGCAGCUGUCAUGGCUGUGUGUACUAUUGCAGUGGGCGUCUAUGAAGAAAUUUUUUACCAAAGUGACGAUAAACCGUUGUCUUUCAUUGUGCCCGUGGCGUUUUAUAUAUUCUCAUUUUCUUGUAAUGGGGGAGUAUUGCUUAUCGCGUAUACGGUGGGCACCGAAUUGUAUCCGAGUGAAGUCAAAGGUGUCAUUAAUGGAAUUUUUGGUGCGGUGUAUUACAUCACAUGGUCUGUUAUUCUGAAAGUGUAUCCUGCUUUACUGAACGCUGUGCAUAUAAAAAUCAUAAUAUGGUGCUAUACGGGGUGCUGUUUGGCAAUAAUACUGUUCAGUACUUUUAUUUUACCCGAAACCAAAGGUAAAACUUUGAACGAGGUGCAGGAGCAGUAUUUUCAAAAAAAGAAGAAGAAAUGUGGAGAUAAAAUGCACGCAGUGAUGGAGUAGAGUAAGUUCAAAAUUGAUAGGUAGUCCUAGUAUUUCAGGUUGACUCGAUGGAAUAGGUGAUUCAGUAAAGGGUAUCCCCUCAGUUAUUGGGGAAAAACAUGUUUGACCAUGGGAGCGCGUAGUUUGUCAAAAAAAUGAGCACAAUAUCUUGUCAAAAAACAGUUUGUCUGACCUCAAAAUCGAAAUGAGUUACGAACAGAUACCUAAGUAAUAAGUAUUACCAUUUGAAAAAUAUUAAAUAAUAUGAUGAGUUCGCAAA